AUGUCGACAUCAUUUGAGCAAGGUCGCGAAACGCUCGAGGGCCGUAGCUCACCCGUGCCCUCGAACCCAGCAGCCGACAGAGACUCGCGACAUGAGAACGACCUGCCCCAGCCACCUCAAUCUCAGUCUGAAGCAGGACAGACGCCGCCAAAGAGCGAGCCACUGAGCUCAGAAGCUAGGGAACGCUUGGAACACGUCUUGAACUCGGACAUCGGCCUGACGACGCUGCUGAACCGCCUCAAGCAGAGCAUUAGCUCGGCUCGAGACUUCUCAGGAUUUCUGAGAGAACGUGCGACUUUGGAAGAGAAGCACGCUCAAAGUUUGAAGAGACUAAGUCGAAGCACACAUGAGAUCGUCAGGAGGCCGGAGAGCAGGAGUGGCUCGUUUGCGACUGCAUUCGAGGAGUCGACCAAGAUUCACGAUCGCAUUGCCGACAAUGGCCUGCAAUUCGCCCAAAGCUUGAACAGCAUAUACAAUGAGAUUCAAGAGCUGAUGAACAACACUGAGCGGAAUCGCAAGCACUGGAAGCAUACCGGAAUGGAAGCAGAGAAUCGAGUUUCUGAGGCAGAGAAUGCUAUGUCAAAGGCGAAAGGUCGGUACAACAACUUGGCAGAUCAGUAUGAUCGGGCAAGGACGGGCGAAAAGUCAGGCGGAAAGUUUGGCAUCAAGGGUCACAAGUCAGCCGCCCAGCAGGAAGAGGAUCUGCACCGGAAAAUGGAAGCUGCAGAUGGAGAAUAUGCGGCCAAGGUACAGGCUGCACAAGCUGCUCGACAGGAUCUGAUCAACACGCAUCGACCUCAAGCCACACGAGCCCUCCAGGCCAUCAUCAAGGAAUGCGACGGAGCUCUGAGCAUGCAGUUCGCCAAGUACGUCACAUUGACGGAACGGUUACUGCUUGGCAACGGUCUUUGUGUCAGCCCGCUCAAGAACGCAGGCAGUCCAGCACGAAGUCUUCGCGAUGUUGUGCAUGCUGUCGACAACGAGAAAGACUUUAACGACCACAUCUUGAGCUUCUCGGCCAAAGCCUCACAGCGAGGGCCAGAGAUUCGCUAUGAGAAGCACCCAUCAAUGGGCUCCAAGCAGCAGAUCCCACAGCAACCUCAAUAUGGCGGCAAUCCAAUGCAGGGUACUCCGGAUCGGAUCAACACCGGCUUCAACGGGCCUAACGAUCACAAUCGCCAAUUCAGUCACUCAGAGCAAAUGUCUGGCGUGACACCAUCAGCAGCAGGCUUUUCUGCUACGCCUCACUCAGCACACAGCAACCAGAACUACUCGCAAAGUCCUUUUAAUAACUCGCCUCUACCACAACUGCCGCCCAUAGCGCUGGAUGGUGACAACGAGCACAAGCCGGAGAACGGCACGCCAACCAGAUCGCCUCAAAAUCAGCAAUUUGGUGGAGCUGGUCGACCAAGCAUGGAUACGUACGGCAGCAGUUCAGCAUCAGGCGGAGGUCUCCAAAAUCAACAGUUCGGUGCAGGUGGCCGUCCGAGCAUGGAUGCGUACGGCAGCAGCUCAGGUCCGGGUGGUCAACGGCCCUAUGGUCGUCCUUCCAUGGAUGCAUACGGCUCUUCGCAAGGACCACCCAGCCAAUUUGACCCGUCGAGGUCUCAAGGCUCUCAAUUCGACCCAGCAAGAUCACAAGGCUCCGGCAUGCCUCCUACGAUGUCCGGUGGGCGUGGACCAUCGAUGGACGUAUCUCGGACAUCGCAAGGCCCUUCAGGUCAAUUUGAUCCGUCGCGGUCACAAGGUCCUACCUCAUCUUCCGAUCUGCCAAGCAGUCGUGGCCCGUCAAUGGGGCAACCAGGUGCCCCUCUGACGGCAACUCACCCGGCAUAUACUACACAAAAGUUCCAACCGUCACCACCUCAGGAUCAGCGCACCUUCUCUGGAGCUGCAGCGGGGCCUCCGACGCAGACCCCUGUGGAUGUUCGUCCAGCCUCAGGACCGCAGAACGGCGUGACAUCGCCCACAGUUGCGGGUCCUUCUGGCGCCUCAAUGCUGCCAAGCGCACAGCGGAGGACAGACAUGCAGCGGCCUAACUUGCCACCUCUACGGCCAGUCUUCGGUGUGUCACUUGAAGAGCUGUUCCGCCGUGACGGUAGUGCUGUGCCGACCAUCGUCUACGAAUGCGUCAAAGCUGUAGAUAUGUUCGGCCUCGAGACUGAAGGAAUCUAUCGCACUUCUGGCUCGGCACCCAAUAUCAUGCAGAUGAAGGCACAAUUCGAUCAUGAUUCGUCACAAGUCGACUUCAGCAACCAAGCAAACUUCCAUUACGAUAUCGCCUCAGUCACAACCCUCCUGAAGCAUUUCCUUCGCGACCUGCCAGACCCCCUCUUUACCAACGCCGCCUACUCUCAGUUCAUCCAAGCUGCCAAAGUUGACAACGACGACCACCGUCGCGACUCACUGCACGCCAUCAUCAACAAUUUGCCAGAUCCCAACUACGCGACACUACGCGUGUUGACACUGCAUCUCAAUCGGAUAGCGGCGAAAGCAGCUCAGAACAGGAUGACGCCUGCUAAUCUUGCUAUCUGCCUUGGACCGACCUUCAUGCAAAGCGGCGCUGGUGGAGGUGGGCCGACAGAUAUCAAGGACGCGGGCUGGCAAGCGCGUGUAGUUGAAACGAUACUCAACUAUACUUACGAGAUCUUCGAUGAUGACUGA